AUGGGACAAAGAAGCAGCCUGGGCUUUGCUCUCCUGUGCUGGGUGGUCAGUGGGGUGACUGGUUACAAUCCCUGGGAUUUCUCUAGGAGAGACUCAGCCAUGUGGAGACCCACCCCCAGGGCUGAGCCCCCUCGCAGAAGAGCCCAUGUGCCCUCUCUUGCCCAGCCCUACCCCUGGGCUCGGGUUGAUUCUUCCCAGCUCAGGGCUGUGUCCCUGCUGCAGCCUGUCACAGUGCAGUGUGAGGAGGCUCAGAUGGUGAUCACUGUGCACAGGGAUCUGUUUGGGACGGGGCGACUGAUCAAAGCUUCUGACCUGAGCCUUGGCCCGGCCACCUGCCAGUACAGGUCCCUUAAUGCUGCAGAGAACACAGUGACUUUUACAGCUGGGCUCCAUGAAUGUGGCAGCACCUUGCAGAUGACCCCAGACUCCCUUGUUUACAGCACAAGCCUGAACUAUAACCCCACCCCUGCCAGCAACCCAGUGAUCCUGAGAACCAAUCCAGCUGUGAUUCCCAUUGAGUGUCACUAUCCCAGGAAGGACAAUGUGAGCAGUAAAGCCAUCAAGCCCACAUGGGUUCCCUUCAGUUCCACCCUGUCUGCUGAGGAGAGGCUGGGUUUCUCCCUGCACCUGAUGAAUGAUGACUGGAGUGCUGAGAGACCCUCCAAUGGAUUCCAGCUGGGGGAGGUCAUGCAUAUCCAAGCUGAUGUCCACACUGGGAACCAUGUGGCUCUGAGGCUCUUUGUGGACAGCUGUGUGGCCACCCUGACCCCAGACAGGGACUCCUCUCCCCGCUAUGCUGUCAUUGACUUCAAUGGAUGCCUGGUGGAUGGGAGAUCAGAUGACACCACCUCAGCCUUCAUAUCCCCCAGGCCAAGGCAGGACACACUGCAGUUCAUGGUGGAUGUGUUCAGGUUUGCAGGAGAUGCCAGCAACUUGAUCUACAUCACCUGCCAUCUGAAAGUCACUGCAGCUGAGCAAGCCCCAGAUCCCUUGAACAAGGCUUGUUCCUUCAACAAAGCAGGCAACAUCUGGUCUCCAGUGGAAGGCACCAGAGACAUCUGCAGGUGCUGUGAGACUGGGAACUGUGGGCUGGCUGGACAGUCUGGGAGAGUCAGGCCUCUGGACAGAUGGCCAGGGAGGCGCUUCCAGAGAGAUGUGGCCUCCAGGCAUGGUGACCCCUUCGUGAGGGAAGCUGAGGCUGAUGUUGUGGUAGGACCCCUAUUCAUCUUCGAUGCUUAUCGAGGAUCCAGGGAUGUCUCAACUGAUCAAAUGGAAGCAGAGAACUCCGCCUCAGAGGGAUUCUCUUCUACAGCUGGGCUGAUCUCUGUGGCAGCUGCCAUUGCACUGGCCUUCAUUACUCUGGGGAUAUUUGUAUACAGAAGAUGCAGCCGUUCUAGUGCCUGA